GCUCUACUUCAUAACGAGGCCCCACACCUACAGAAAGCCCCAUAGCGGGGCUAUCCCUGCCACCAAAGGUGAACCACAAGGCCUUUGUUCACCUAUAUUAGGAGACCCAAGACGGUCUCUUGGUUUACUCACGCAGCAAGCAUGGGUCAUUUGGGCUCGUUUCUUGUUGCACUCUUCCUAGUACUCCUCUUUCCCUCGUCUUCCCUGGGGAAAUUAGGCCACCAUCCCCCUCCAUGGCCUCUACCGUUUUGGCCGCCCAACCACCAUAUUUUACCACCAGCAGCACCACCUUACGCUUAUAGUCCACCAGAAUCUCCAAAGACACCACCACAUAGAUACAAGUCUCCACCACCACCACCGGAGUACAAGCCACCCGUAUACAAGCCUCUACCACCGUCACCACCACCUAAAUGCGAGUCACCACCACCUCACAAGUCUCCGCCGCUGCCUCCCAAGCCAUACAAGCCUCCAACAGCGCCAUCUCCAAUGUACAAGUCACCACCACCAAAAUAUAAGCCUUUGCCACCAAAGGCACACAAGUCUCCACCACCACCAAAGUAUAAGCCUUUGCCUCCAAAGCCAUAUAAGCCACCACCACCAAAAUAUAAACCUUCACCGCCGAAGCCAUACAAGUCUCCACUACCUCCAAAUUACAAGCCACCACUACCGCCACCUCCCAAACAUAAACCUUCACCAAUGAAACCGUGCAAGCCUCCACCGUUGCCCCCUCCAAAAUACAAGCCGCCAGCACCAUAUAAACCUCUGCCACCCAAGACGUCCAAGCCUCCACCACCAAAAUACAAACCUCUGCCACCCAAGGCAUACAAGCCUCCAACAUCGCCGCCUCCAAAACACCAGGCACCACCAACACCACCAAAAUAUAAACCUUCACCAUUGAGACCAUCACCACCAAAAUAUAAACCUCUGCCACCAAAACCUUACAAGCCUCCACCACCCCCACUUCCAAAACACAAGCCACCCCUACCACCAUCACCAGUAUUCAAGCCUCGACCACCACCUAAACAUGGAUGCGAGUCACCACCACCAUCUCCACCACCCAAGCACAAGCCUCCGCCACCUGCACAUAAGGCCCCGGCGCCACCACACAAGCCUGGCUACGAGCCGCCUCCACCACCAUAUGAACCAUACCCUGUUUACAAUUAUAUUUCGCCGCCGCCACCGCACCAUCAUCAAACAGGAGUCCACGCGAGUGACCUGGAACUCGCACGAUGAAGGGAUUCUUCUUCAUGGGCAUUCUAGCAAGCAGCAAUAUGAUCUAGUAUUAAGCUCCCUCUUCCACGCUAGUGCCAUCUCGAGACAUCUAGUAAUGUUGAAGUCCACUUACGAAGCAUGUAACCAGAUCUUUUGAUCAUUAUGUAUGGCAUAAGUUAAGAAUAUAUGAUGAAAUGUAGCGUUUGGAACAAGACACAUUUAUUUUCAGAUUGUGACGAAUCUAUAUGACCAAGCUUAGAACAAGAUAUCUUCUUAACCGUUCACAUGCUAAAACAUGCUACAAGAGAACAAACAAAAUGAAAGCAAUAAAUAGCCUACAAAUCCUACACGAAUUCAGCCCGAGAAUUCUUGGUGACCAGAAACUGGUGAUUCCUUCGUUCUAAUUUCUUGCACUCCUGUUAACCAU